AUGGUAGAUCUCCCACCUGGAAAAUCAGUUGUAGGCAGUAGAUGGGUUUUCAAAGUUAAAACCAACUCAGAUGGCACUAUAGACAUGCACAAGUCUUGUGUGGUUGCUCAAGGUUAUACUCAGGAAUAUGGGAUUGACUAUGAGGAGACAUUUUCUCAUGUUGCUCAUAUGGUCACUGUUCGUACGCUUAUUGUUGUUGCUGCUGUUAGACAAUGGAACCUUCAUCGGAUGGGCGUCAAAGAUGCUUUUCUUCAUGGAGAAUUACAAGAAGAGGUAUAUAUGCAACCUCCUCCUGGUUUACCUCAUGCUCCAAACCAGGUGUGUAAACUUCAUAAACCUCUUUAUGGACUUAAAAAAGCACCUCGUGCAUGGUUUGAGAAGUUUAGCAGUGCAAUUCUUGAGUAUGGCUUUACACAAAGUUUUUACGACCCUGCAAUGUUUACUCGUUCAUCAGCCAAAGGGAUAGUAAUUUUUCUUUUGUAUGUAGAUGACAUGGUUAUUACUGGCAGUGAUUGUGAAGGAAUUGAUAAUCUCAAAACAUAUCUCAGUUCUUGUUUUCAGAUGAAAGACCUUGGUUUCUUGAGUUACUUUCCGGGCAUUGAAGUACGCAAACCCAACAAUGGAUACUUUGUAUCUCAGGUUAAGUAUGCAUCUGGAAUUAUUCAACAAGCCGGCAUCACUGAUACUAAGAUUGUGGAUACUCCUCUUGAAGUCAAUGUGAGACAUAGUCCAACAGACGGAACUCUAUUAUCCAAUCCCACAAUGUAUCGACAACUGGUAGGAAGUCUCAACUACUUGACUAUUACUAGGCCUGAUAAUAGUCAUGCAGUACAUAUAGUAAGACAAUUUAUGUCUGCUCCUCGCUCUACUCAUUUUGCUGCUGUUCUUCGAAUUCUAUGGCAUUUAAAAGGGACUUUAUAUCAAGGUCUUCAGUUUUCAUCAAAGUCUGAUCUCACUCUAAGAGCUUAUUCAGAUUCUGACUGGACAGGAGAUGUCACUGAUAGACGAUCAAUUACAGGAUAUUGUGUGUUUUGGGGAGAUUCUUUUAUAUCUUGGAGAAGUAAGAAACAAACUAUCGUUUCUCGUUCUAGUGCUGAAGCAGAAUAUCAAGCUCUUACUCAUACCACUUCUGAAAUCAUUUGGUUACGGUAG